GGGGUCGUUCUGCAGGAGGUAGUCGUCAGGUCGCUCGUUCGUCAGCGAUAUGACCCUCCUGUGUUGAUCGGUUGUGUUUAUAAGGAAGCGGGAAAACAUUGCGAGGUUGGAGAAAGCUGCUCGCUUUCUCACUUUCGACGGACGCGCGCGCGGCGCACACAGACACACAAACACAACACAAACACACACCCGAGCCACAGGAGAUAGAGGCGGGCCACGGUGACGCUACCGUGAAUUACAUGUCUGUACAACGACGGGGAGAGAGAAAGGGGGUUCGGAAGAACAAGAGGGCGAAAGAGGAUGAGGUGAAAAAGGAGGGAGAAACAGGGUGAGGAAGAGAGGCAGUCGUAAUUGGGGCCUACAGUAGUGCGAUUCUUUGUGUGCAUGUCUUUUGGGUAGAGGGUGUUCUCGGUGUUUGUGUGUGUGUGUGUGUGUGUGUGUGUGUGUGAGAGAGAGAGAGAGAGAGAGAGAGAGAGAGAGAGAGAGAGAGAGAGGUUGUGAGAGCGGUUAGGUAGGUAGCAUCGGAUACGUUGAGUCUGCUGGUCGAUGUUUGGGAAGGCGGGUACAGGUGUGUGCUUUGCCAUCAUAUCGUUAUUAGCGAGAUUUUUUUGCAUAUCAGGAAUGGCCCGGGAUCGAGUCCUUGCCGGUCGGCUCCUGGUCGUGCUCGUAGCUGGGCUAUUUUUUGCGUCGGUGGUGAACUCGCGGCCUCUGGACACGAAACCCUUGGAUUACUGCGAUUUCUACUUCGAUGGGUAUGAAUUCACGGUACCGGAGUUCACGCUAACAGGGGGAGGAGGAGAUGUCAUCUUUAGCACGCAGCUCAGGAUCAGGAGCGAAGGUGUGGCGGGUAAGCGAUUUGAGGAGAUGGAUGGCGGAGGCUGCGGCCACGGUUUGCGGGCGGAAGAGAUGGAAGCGGUGGCGAUGGCGGUGUCUACCGUCGUCCUGAAGACGAUGAACGAGAUGUCGUCGUCGUCACGAGACCCGUAUGGAGGAAUAGACCAAGGUCCUGACGAGGAGCGCUUCGACAACCGACAGAAGGUGGCGCGGGGGUGUGUGGAGAGGGCGUUCGGCCGACUGAAGUGCAUGUGGCGUCUGUUCUUGCGCACCCACAAGACGAACCUGGAAACAUUGCCACAGCAAUUCGUCGCCGUCUGCACUCUCCACAACAUCCUCCUCGAUGCGGGGAUCGACUUCGAUGAGAACCUGUUAUGGGAGGUGGGUCCGGACGGCGUCAGGCGCAGAGUGGACUUGGGCAUUGUCGGGGGCGGCGGAGGUGGGCGGCCACAGAGCUCCAACGUCGAGGGGGAGUUGUUGCGGAAUGCGCUUCGCGACCGCCUGGCUUUGAUGACGCGCAAAGCCACGUUCUCCACUUUCGCCGCACGGGAGAUCGCUUGCUGCAGCUGCGAUGGGUCGGAGAUCUUGGCUACCUUGGUGCUCGACUUCGGCAGGAUGACGCCGCGAGAGACGACAGUCGCUGGAAGGCCGCUGGCGAUGGCGACGAAGUAUUCAUGCGUAUCUCAUCAACGGGGCUGCGGAAUCUUGUGCAAGAUUGCGCUAGCGACGGCUUUCCAACGUCUCGUCAUCAUCGCCUUCCGCCACAAUGACGACAGCCUUGUCUUGCAUCGAGGCCAUGCACCUGUUGCGCCUCGGGUGCAGGGGAGAGCAUCCUCUUCGACGCGCUGUGAUCAGAAGCUCGCUGGUGAGCGCUUUGUCGCACCGCUGAUGCCGUCGCCUCCGCCUACGGUUCCUCCAUCCCGAAGUCGUCGUCAGACUCCAUUUCCGCUGCGGCUGCCCAACCUUCGGAACCACGAGCAGGCACGUUUCCUGACGCUUCACCGGAGCGCACCUUCUUCGAUUUCGGGAUAUGGCGCCGACCUUUCGCCUGCGCAAGCCCGACGACGGCUGCGGCAUCGCGCUUCGUGCCACGGGCACUCCCUCGCGUCGACAUGCUGGCCGCGGAUCUGUGGUGACAACCUUUUGCCCCUCCUUUCAACACUUGGAAGCGCUUCGCCGACCACCGUUCCUAUCUCCCAGCGAUGUGCUGCGGCGCGGCGACGACGAGGAAGAAUCCUCAACGGUAGGGCAGAAGACGACGACGCAGACGUGCAGGGUAGAAGGGCGAUGACCCCGCUGACGCAGAAGAACCGUCCUUCGGCGACGCUUUACGGCGAGAAGAUUUACGGUGGGAAGGGCGGGAACGGCGACGAGAAGCUUCACGGCGAGAAGGGCGACGUAGCGGGGCGAGAUUGCUCCGCGGCGAGAAGCUUCACGACAAGAAGCUUUACGGCGAGAAGGGCGACGUCAGGUGAGAAGGUCAUUACCGCCAAUUCUGACUACUGCUUCUUUCUGACUUCAUUCAGCCUAAGCUCAGAAUGUGGGAACCAGUUCUACGCGAACCAGGACAAGAUUGCAUCGCGGUCGUUCAACAAUCCAAUGGAUAAGUUCUUGGGGAAAUAUAUCAUGGUGCACCUGACAAGUGCACAGCUGGAACCGACUUCUCAAAAUUUGAACUAUUGUGAUGGCAACAGUUACUAUCCGGAGGAACGCAGGUCAUGUGCCCUUCACAUGGCGACCGCCGCUUCAUGGUGCCGUGCCCGAUUUGCGGAAAGAAUGGUGGUGAUCACGGGGUUGUCGUCAUCCGGUGACCGUGAUGUCUCCCGGAGUUUGCUGGCCUACCACAUUCAUGUUCCAGAGUGCACUUAGCCGUUGACUCCGCAACUUUUAACAUCCAAUUGAGUUUUCAUUAAUUAAUGGCCGGCCGGGGAACACGCCUCAGGCCCGUCCGUUUGCUUCUUUGAAAACCCUUCUCGCUUAUCCACAUCUACUCUAGAGUACCGCUGUUUCUCUCAAUAAGUGGGUAUCUUCGUGUGAUGGAGAAGGUAGCUUCGUGUGAUGGAGAAGCGUGAUCUCUCAUGGCCCACACAGGCCUGCUAAAGGAGCAGGGUUCUUUUGGGGUUUUGGUUAAUGACGAAUAUGGCGGUGGGUAGUUGCGGAUGUGCAAGUGUGCACAAGAAGUGAAACAAAUGUUGGGUGUUUCGUCAAUGCUAGGGAGGUGGCGGUGCCGGAAUCAUCCCUACCUACCUACAGGCGCCGGAGGAACAGGUCAUUUCGGAGGAAAGGUGGAUUCGGCUAUUUUUAGUGUUCAUUCAUUUGGAGGAGCUGGCUUUUGAUUAAGCUAUUUUCAGUCUUCAUUUGUUGGGUGUUUCGUCAAUGCUAGGGAGUUGGCGGUGCGGCAAUCAUGAGCUGACUCUGUUGCCUGAAGGUACGGGCUGUAGACUGGAAGGAUGGGAGAAUGGUAGGAGGAUGGGAGAAUGGAGUUGCGGAUGGCUGAGAGGAGGGAAGAAGCUUUUCUUUUUUUUCUUUUUUUUUUUCUGCAUCCCAGGGCGAGUUAAUGAAUAGGACUUUCGUUU